AUCCGGCUAUUGAACGAUGGAAACUCGCAAACGACGAUAAAAAGCCAACGCUUGAUGACUAUGACAACAUUCGCGAGGAAUGGCGAUCAAAAGAUCGCGUGACAAAACUUCUCGGUAUAUUCUCAUCGAAACGAUUGUUUGCUGACUGGAAAGUCGCAGAACCGGAUGAUGAUUCCAAAAGAGCUAAGGUGACGUGGAAAUAUUUCGUGACAACAAUGCAACAGCACUGCAAACCAACAGAAAAUCUUACACUUAAAAACCACCA